UCGACAUCAUCUUGCAGAUCGAUCGAGGUUUCACAAUGGUCUCCUCCCAUGGCAUCGUCAAUGCAUUCUUCCUCUUCGCCGUCGCCCUCGUCGCGGCGUCUCAAGCUCAACACGCCGCCAACGCUGACUCUUUCAUGUCCGGCGCAUGCAAGAUCGUCGCUGGCAGCAGCAGCGGCGUCAUCAGCGUCACGUUCUGCAUGGACGCGCUCGGUUCCGACAGCCGGAGCCUCAGCGCCAGCUACUACAGUGACCUCGCCAUCAUCGCCAUCGACCUCCUGACAUCCAACACGACGAGCACCAAGGCCAAGAUAGACAACAUCCUUAAGGACGACGGCAACGGCUUGAAACCCGGCGACGCCACGACGGUGUGCUUCCAGUCGUGCCAGGCAGCAUACGCCAGCGUGCUACAGGGUCAGCUUGGCAUCUUCUACAACGUGCAGGCUGGCAGGUUUCCGGAGGCGAUGUCGGCGUUGGAGAAGGCAGCCAACAUGGUGGAGGAAUGCGAGAAAGGGUUCGGGAAGAGUAAUGUCAAGUCAUUGCUCACCACAGAGAACCACGACAGCUUUGAGCUCGCCAAGCUUGGCGCUUUGUUACUCAAUGAGGAACACUGAUAUCAAGAGACAAUGUUUAUAUACACAUAGUCUUUUUUUUUCUUAGCAUAUCCCUUUGUCAUGUCCUUUAAUUUUGAAAUAAACAAGGAUCAAGGAGGUUAAGGCCCUGUA